AUGGGAAAACGUAAAGAAAUUCCACUUGAAAAAAGGGGAGCUGUAUUGGCAUUACAUAAUGAAGGUAUCUCAUAUCGUGAAAUUGCCAAAAAAUUGAAAAUUUCAUUGAAAGGUGUGCAUUCAACGAUCAAAAGAUUUGAAGACACGGGUAAUCAUCACGAUCGUCCUCGAACCGGACGUCCAAAAGUAACUACUUCUCGCGAAGGUAAGCAUAUAGUGGUUACCAGUAAACGGAAUAGACGGUUAACAGCUCCCGAAAUAUGCGCAGACAUCAACAGAAGUCGUGAAAAACCGGUUUCACUAACAACUGUAAAAAGAAGAUUAAACGCUGCCGGACUCAAAAGAUGUGUUGCAGUGAAAAAAGUGAGAAGAAGUGCGUCCGAAAAAAUGACACCUCAGUGUAUAGUGCCUACUGUGAAGCAUGGAGGUAGCUCAGUGAUGGUGUGGGGAUGUUUUUCUGGCCAUGGAACCGGAGAUUUAGUGAAAAUUGAUGGAAUAAUGAGAAAAGAGCAAUAUAAAAAUAUUCUCGUUCGUCAUGCGAUUCCCUCUGGAUUAAGAGGACCCGGCCGUGGUUUUGUCUUCCAGCAAGACAACGACCCAAAACAUACGUCGAUCCUCUGCCGCAGUUAUUUAGAGCAAAAAAAACCACCUCGAAACAUGGAAGGAGACGACAGAAACAAAUCUAUACUUGCUACCAGCCCUUUGACGACAACAACGAUCAAGGUUAUUGCUGGCCUCACACCAACACGAUACACAUCUAUACCUGCCGUCGUCUGCUGUCGUCUACUCAAAAUUAUGCAAAUGAGGGAGAAGAGGGGCACAAAUGAUGAAGAAAGUUUCCAGCCGCAACCUCGAGCGGAUGUUUUUUAUCCGCGAAGCGAAUCUCGACAAGGUGUUGUCGCACACAAGCCUAAGUAA